UCUGUGCGAAAGUGUUUUGGUUUGCGGUUGCACAUUUUAGAAAGCAAUCAUUGAAAAAGAAAACUUAUUUAUCUUUUUUUUUUUAUUGUUUCCUUCAUCGUUUUCGUAGAGAAAUUCUUAAGUGGAUAUAAAUAAAAUUUUAAAUAUUUCAGUUAUUGCUUUUGGUGUACAAAAACAGAAAAAACCAAAAACAAAAACUCGUCAACAAAAAUUCGUCAUCACUUGUUGCGCCCUUGACUCCUUGACUGGCAUCACUUCAUUGCUGUUUAUCGUGUACAACAGAAAACGCAACCGCACAACAACGAUGGCAACAACAUCGGCAUUAAAAAAAAUAUCAUUUAUUUUUCAUUUAAUAUGCUUUCUAAUGGCUGCUGUGUUAAUCGGAUUUGGGACAUAUUUGUAUUUGAAUUAUGCCACUAAUGAAAUCGGUUACAUGAGCGCUUAUGCAUAUAUUUCUAUUGGGGUUAUCGCAUGCGUCGUCUUCUUAUUCUUAUGCAUCGGAGCAAUUAGAGAAAAUGUUUGCUGCACUGUAACAUUUAUAGUGUUCAUGAUAUUGGGUAUUAUAGCCCAAGCGGUUUUAGCGUUCUUAUUGACAAAUGGCGAUCAUAAUGUCGGUUCGAAUUUGGCCAAUAUUUUGGACGAGGCUUGGGAGAACGAAUUGAAGAGUGCCGGUGCGAUGUCAAUUUAUGAAAGUUCGUUCGAAUGUUGUGGUCGCGCGAGUCCACAAGAUUAUAUAGUUAAUGAUCGUCUGCCACCUGCUACUUGCUUCGCGAAUGGUGAUAGUAAAGUGGUUGAAAAUUUAAUUGCGAUAGGUUGCCGCGCAAAAGUUGAGCAUUUCGUUACAGAUUUAUUGCAUAUUUUCAAUUGGCUUGCCUGGGUUCUAAUCGUGCUGGAGCUCAUAGUCACAUUUUUGAGUUGUGGCCUAUGUAACAGUAUACGGAAUGAUCGUCGACGCUCAUUUUAUUAAAUCGCAUUUAAUAUGAGAUCAGGGUACACAUACACAUAUGGCGCAAUACAUUGCUGCGUCUUUAUUAGUUAGUUAUUAAGAGUUAUAAAGUAAAAUUCAUUUAAAAUAAUUCGUUAGUGUGACAUUGUAUUCUCAUUAAACGAAUUUCUUAUAUAUACAUAUAUAUUUUUUUUUUGUGGCCUUUAUAGUGUGAAUACGAUGUCAAUAGUUCGUGCAUUUAUAAAGCCUCAGUGCUUCUCAAUAACGAGAUUGUUUAUGCAAAUGUAUAUACGAGACGAAUUAUACACAAAAAAAAAAAAA